AUGUCGCCCAUCCCACCUGUGAACGCAACUUGGACGUCAUUCAACACAACCACGCCCAUGGCCCAGGGCUCCAACGAGAGUCCCUGGGCCAUGGAUCUGAGCACCCUGGUGCAGAUUGUGUUCGGCGUGCUCGGUAUUAUCAAGACAGCUGUAAAUUUCUUUUAUAAUCGCAGCAAAAUCCAGGGCGUCAUGUUGGGUCUGGGUACUGGCAGACAGGCGCCAGACCAGAACCUCGCACACGACGAGUGCAAAAUAUGCAACCGGCCCGCCAGCGUAAGCACUGCCAGGAGCAUCGACAGCGGAAAAUAUCUUUGGUCGCAGAGUGAGACGAGGAUUUGGGGCAGGCAAGCCUUUGAAGAGAUGCAGAUUUUUGGAGGCAGCCCUAAGUGA